UGUAGUAAUCAAAUACCAACAUGGAGUAGAGGAGUAUCUAUGGAUCAAAAAGGAAUAAGCUAACUUCGUAGCAAACGAUAAAACAUAGUUCCAUCUGUUGAGCGUUCUUCCAUUCCAAGAAGUCAACCGUCUACGACUCAGCAAAAGAACUUUGAGAGAAGUUCUUGAAACUCUACGAAAGCACAUCCGAAGCUAAACUCGUAAGACGGGACUUGCUCUGGAAUCAACUCAGCAACCUCCGGAUGGAAAAAGAAAAGAUGGUAGCCCACCUACACAUAAGAAUCAAGGAAUUAAUCACCGGAUUAACGAACCUCUGAGAGGCGGUAACUAAUCGGGAGUCAUAAAGGACAAAGAAAGGAGCCAAGCCAGAACCUACCUUUGCAAGCCAAGAAGGAUGAACCGGAUUCUAACAUAUCUCUCAACGAAGACGAAAGAGCAUACACGGUAAGAAAAUUUUCAAAAUUCUCCAAGUCUAACAAUUUUAACAAGUCACAGGCUAAGAAACCUCUUCGAGGGGAGAAUAAGAUGCUACAACUGCAAUGAAGGACACGUAAAAUAUGGCCGUCUUAAACUGAAGGAAAAAGACAGACAAAAGGCCAACCCGAACGAAGCACGAGAAUCUGAAGGCGACGUGGGACAAAUCGUUGUCAUCCGAAUCAGAGGUCAAAUCAUACGCUGGACUUGCAUUAAUGGUGAGUCACCAAAUGGAGAGCAUCGAUAAAGGGGGAGCUACUUCAAAGGAAAGCAGCGAUGAAUGGGGAGAGUCAAAUUUCGAGAUCGACAUGGUAAGUGAGGAAGGUUUUGCAUUUGCCCAUUGCACAACCUGCAAGGCUCCUUACCAUUUGAGGGUGUGUGAUCAUGCCAACAGGAGAUGGAGAAUCUUCAGGUUUCAGUUCUUUGUUACCAGGGAUGUAGUUCUAAUUUUUGCAGUUGUUCAACUUAUAAUAUCUUCGUUGGCAUAUCUUGUCUAUUUGAUUGAUAGUUGUGCAAAAUUCUGGUUGCGAUUGACUUGGGGUUUCGAUGGAGAAAUAAGUUUCUACUAUCUAUGUGGAGCAAUACUAUUCUUUGCUAUUCUUGGGUUGUCUGGUUGCUUCAUAACGUGUUGUGAUCAAGGAGUACAGGAUGAUUUGGGUCAGCCAUGUCGGAAUAUGUGUCUCUGCUGUUGCCAACCAAGAGUAGGUGUUGACUACCAUGUCCAUGGUACUCCCUGUGUAUGGAUUGACUGCGACAUAUGCUGUGAAAAUUGUGCUGAUACCACCAGGGAAUGCCAGUGCUUAAUAAGGUCCAACGAAGGUGAAGCAAGUCUACCUGUGCUGUUUAUUUUAGGACUGAUUCUCCUUGGGCUCUUCACUGUCAUUGGCAUAUUUUAUGGUGUUCUUGUGGCGACGAUGGUUGCUCAAAGAAUCUGGCAGCGCAAUUAUCAUAUCCUUGCCAAACGCAUGUUAACAAAAGAAUAUGUCGUGGAGGAUGUCAGUGAUGGUGCUGACUGGCGCCCACCACCUCCUCUUUCAGCUAAGCAUGUUCAACAACUCAAGUCACUUGGUCUCCUCUAAAUGUUAAACUUUAGGGCCGAAAAGGCUGGAGUAGAUGCUUGAUCAAUACAGCACGUUGUUGCUCCUGUAUCAAGAAUAGCAUUUACCUUGAAGUCUUUGAUACCUGGUAUGUGAAUUUCAACUUCAAGAUUAAAGAGCCCAUUUGUUUUCUUCUUUUGUUGAGAUACUUCUUCUACAAAGAAGACCUUUUCCCUUCCUUCUGAAAUAAGCACAUUAACUUCUUCUCUUUCUCUUUGAAGUAAUUUCUUUAAAUCUUCAUUUUCUAAUUCAAGGGCAUCAAUUUUGAAUCUCAACUCUUCAUUUUCAGUAUCAACUUCAAGCUUUUCAGUAGAAGCUUGUCGGAGAAUGUCGUGUUUUUCAGUAAGAAAUUCUUUUUUAAUUUGAUCAAUUUGAAGUUUCAUCAUGGCCUGAGCUGCCUCAACUUCUUGUUGUAGCCUAAUUAUUUCUGCUUCUGCUCAUGUUAUGUAAGCUUGCUGUUCUUUAACUAAGCUUGUAGGAUUAAAUGGUAUGACAGAUAUUCGUUGCACUGGUAUAAGCAUAUCAAAAUAAUUAUCUGAACACAUACCACACGCCAUUAUUGUGCACUGGCUGCAAUGUGCUCUAUGCUUCUUCAUAGUUUCUCGCUUGCAGCAAUGGCAUUUGUCAUAUGGCAAUGGAAUGUCAUCAUUUAUUAUCCAGAUAUGAGUGCAGUCAUGCUGUUCCUUUGAAACACGGACCAUGGGCUGCCAUCCUCCAGUUUUUCUAUCAUAUAGCAGUUUUUUGUUUCCAUGAAGACAAACAAGUAUUCAGUAGCUAUGGAUAAUACCUGUUUAUCCUCGCCUUCUGAAAUGUUAUAGAGUGCAUCUGAUUGGUCAUCUCCUUCUUGUACUGACAUUAUUUCAUAUUCUUCGGGGAGUUCUAAACCUUCAAACAUCGCAACCCUCUUGAUAUUUUUGUAUUCCCUUGGACAAUCUCGGGCAAAAUGGCCUUCUUCUCCACAAAGGAAACAUUUACAUUUUUUAUUCCUUAUCAGAUGCUUCUUCUUUUCUAUGCGAGCAUGGGACUGAUGAGGCUUGCCUUUAUAAGUAGUUGAUUUUCGAACUCCAUACCUUCUUUUUGAAUUUUGAUAAUAACCAGGUAUAGGUAUUUGAUUGCAAAAUGAUAAGUCUUUUAAUGACCUACUAAAGGCAGCUUUCUUGCAUUCUUCUUCUAAAUAUCGGUAAGCAAAGAUAAUAUGAGGGUGAACUCCCAUUGUGUUACCAGGGUACAUAUCUUCAAAAGCAGCCUUUAUUCUUCUCCCAAGGUCACCUGAAAGUUUUAACCAAAACUUCUCAGAUAACUUGGGUCCUGUGAAUAAGUGACCUGUCUUUGCAGCAAGGUUCAUGUAUUCAUUCAUAAAAGGUAUAAUAUCCUUAAUUUGAGAACAUGUUAAUCUUUCUAAAUCCCUGUACGCUCUAUCUUGCAUAUCAGUAGAUCCUUGGAAUGGAUCUUCAAGAAUAAAUACUCUUCUAAUUUGAGAGAUUAGAUUUUGCGUACCAUUUCGUCCAUCAGCUGAUCUUACUAGUUCAGCAUAUUCAUUUGGGAAAGCCAUGCGCCAUUGAAUCCAGGUAAGUCUUUCUGCUUCUCCCAAUAAGUUUUCAAUAAAAUUAGCCUUAUCUUGUGUAUCUGUGAAGUUUUGCAGGGCAACUACAUUCUUGGUAAUAGCUUCCCACCAUAAAAAGACAUCCUCAAUUUUUCCUAACUGCAUGGGAAGGGUUAAUAUAGCUCCUGUCUGUUGUUGUGCCGAUGGUAGAUUCCACCAUUUAGAAGUAUUGUUUCCUUUAAAAUGCCCUUUGCUUUUAUUUAUUUGUGGUUCCUUAGCAAUACUAACAGGUUCUGGCUUUGGUCUUGUUGGAGGGUAACCGACUGGAUUCAUAGUUGUAUCAACAGGUGGCCUGUAUUGAGAUACAGCCUCCUGAGAAUAUAUUUGUUCUGAUAAGCGCUGUAACUAUGGAUAAUCUGUAAGAAAUUCAUCUUCCUUUCCAACAGCAAGAAUAUUAUCUUGUCCUUCAAGCUGCUGCAGCGGCUGCUGUUGCGGCAUCUUCCCACCAUCUUCCACUGCGAAAGGAUUAACAAAAUCGUCUGAAGAGUCAGAAGAAAAGUGUGGAAUACCUGUUUCUGUUUCUUGCAACAUCAGAUAUUGCAAAUAGCUAAUGUAAUCAUCUUGGAUGUCUAAUGUGUUGACACAUAAGAAAUGUCGUUGAUCAAGAAAUUCAAUAUACCCUGGCUCUUCAAUAGACUUUGAAGUGUGCGGUUGUAGUAAAUCCCAAAUAUCUUCAUUUGUAAAAUGUUUUUGCCAAAUUUCUUGUCGAUAUUGCCUUGCAGAUUUUAAACUCU